CCAGAUAGCAUUGAUCAGACUGCUUACAUUUUGUAGGAAGAAGAUGCUUCAAGAACAGAAAUGUUGUCUUUGUCACAUCAAAAGACUCUGUCUAGCCAUCUAUCCGACAUUUAUGAUGGCAAAUCGUAUACACUUUCAAUAUCAGCUGAUGAAGAUCUUGCUGCUGCUGGCUAUAGUGAUGGUGAAAAAAGUCAAACAGUAGUUUGGAACAAAAAGGAAAAUGCCUGGGUUAUGCUGGAUUCUAAAAGUCCCAAAGGAGAGGUCAUUUACACCAAGGAACAGCUUUUGAAUGAGAUAGACUCCAUUUUCAAUAAAGAUGGAAUUAGAUAUAAUGCUAAAAAGGAGCAACUGGUUGUCAAAGUGAAAACUGCUGAAGUUCAUUUUGAUUUAAAAUCUGAGGCUGAUUUCCUCUUCUUUUCUGAAUUGGCAGUGACAAAAAUUCUUCUUAAUAAGGUUGCAGUUAAACACGAUGUAGUCGGGGACAGAAUUCCUGAUGUCUUCAUGAUUGGAUUUUCAAGCCUCAAGGAGCUUCAAAGGACAUAUGGUUUGAACUCGCCUCAAGUUAAAGCGGCAAUUCUGAUUCUGGAGAAAAUCAUUCCUGAACUCACAGAAAAACUUGUCAAGGCUUACAAUGGCAAUAUUUUGGCUGCUCAGCUCACGUUGAAGACGUCAAAUCAGGAUGCUGUUUCAGAGAGUGGUGAACACAAAGGAAUUUAUGACAAAGUCAAGACACAUUUAGGACAGAACGGGAUUGAAGAUUUUUACAUUCGCUUUCAAGAACUCCAUGUUGCCAAUGAAAUUGAAAAUCACGCACGCCAGUCCCUUUGCAAGCAAAUGGCAAGUCUUGUCUCCGGAUUCGGUGGUAAUAUGAAUUUUAAAUGUGCUAAUGAGGAUGACAACCGUCGUUUGACAAGAAGAUCUUUAUUGGCCAAGAUGGUAUCUGGAGAUCAAAAUACAAUCCAAUUGGCAUCGUUAUACAACAAGAAUUUUCCUGUCAUUUUCAACUUGUGGUUUUGGUUAAUGGUUGUUCUGUUCCUGAGUGUUUACGCCAUCUCACUUGUAAUGUGGUACAUGGAUCCUGGAAGAGACAGCAUAAUUUAUCGCAUGACAAGCCAAAGAGUUAAAAAUGACUGAUCAGUUAUUAAAUAUGACGUCACUUUGAUUGUCCUCAUUACUUGAUGCUUUAUUUUAGAAUGUCCUUUUCUUUGUACUCCCAAUCGUUUGUUUUCGAAUGAAUAAAAACAUUAUUGAAA